AUGUCAUCCGCGGCGAUCCCCAAGCUCUUCCAGCCCGUCAAGGUUGGCGAUCUGACGCUCGCCCACCACGUCGUCCUCGCUCCCUUGACGCGCUUUCGCCAUACGAAGUUCGGGCACGCCGCCCUGCCCAACGUGAAGGAGUACUACGCACAGCGCGGGAGCACCCCUGGGACGCUCCUCAUCAGCGAGGCGACCUUCAUCUCCCCGCAGGCUGGCGGGUACGCGCAUGCGCCAGGUAUCUGGAGCGAUGAGCAGAUCAGCAAGUGGAAAGAGGUCACGGACUCUGUACACGCCAAGGGAUCCUUCAUCUACCUCCAACUGUGGGCACUCGGACGCGCCGCGGCGGCGAGCGAGUUGAAGGAGGAGGAUCCGUCCUUUGACUAUGUCGCCCCCUCCGCGAUCAAGCUCAGCGACCACGAGGAGACCCCGCGCGCCCUCACGAUCCCCGAGAUCAAGCAGUAUGCGGAGUGGUACGCGACUGCUGCGAGGAACGCUGUUGAGCGCGCUGGCUUUGAUGGCGUCGAGAUCCACGGCGCGAACGGCUACCUCGUUGAUCAGUUCUUGCAAGACGUGUCGAACACGCGCACGGACGAGUACGGCGGGUCGAUCGAGAACCGCUCGCGCUUCGGCCUCGAGGUCAUCGAUGCCGUCGUCAAGGCUGUCGGCGCGUCCAAAGUUGGCAUCCGCCUCAGUCCCUGGGGCAAGUUCCAAGACAUGCGCAUGAAGGACCCCAUCCCCCAAUUCACUCACUUUGCCAACGAGAUCAAGAAGCGCCACCCCGACUUUGCCUACCUCCACCUCGUCGAGCCGCGCGUGCAGGGGAAUAUGACGCGUGCGGAUGAGGACAUUGAGGCGCACGAGUCGAAUGAUUUCCUCCGCGAGUUGUGGGCUCCGAAGCCGUUCAUCUCCGCGGGCGCGUACACGAGGGACGUGGCGAUCAAGACGGCGGAGGAGAAGGGGGACAUCAUCGCGGUUGGACGGUACUUCAUCUCGAACCCGGACUUGCCGCUGCGCUGGCGGCACAACAUCCCGUUGACGGAGUACAACCGCGACACGUUCUACUUGCAGGGCGACGCGAGCCCGACCGGAUACACGGACUAUCCGUUUGCGGAGAAGACGGAGGAGCAGUCGAAGAUAUAA